GCCUCUGGUGCUCCUGCAAAGAGACCAAUCUGCUGACCUGAGAGAGCUGUAGAGACCGGGGUCCAGCGACCGACGUCCAGCGACCGACGUCCAGCGACCGGCGUCCAGUGACCGGCAGGCUUCAGUGUUCGCACUGACGGUGAUGAGAAUGGGCCAGAGACAGGACAAGACAUCGGGGCAAGGGGUGAAGGCUGGCCCCCCUGAGGCCCCGCAGGGGGGCGAGGACACCUGCCGACAGUUCGGGGACCUGGGGGGACCGGGCGGCGACAGCAGCGCCAUAGCCAACGGGCGUCCGGACUACCGUUACCAGGGCAACAAGGUCAAAGAGCCGGACAGCAGGACGGCACCUGUCUGGCAAAGCAACAUGAGCAGAGAGAGCCCCCGCCCCCAUGUCACAAAGGGCGGGGUGAGGGACAGAGCCCGAGUGGAGGAGGCGGCUCUUUUAGCCACAGCGCAGCUCCCUAACAGCCAGAACCCGGAGUCCGGAGCGCAGACUGCCUCGCGCCGGGACCGGAGCGCGGACCUCAGCACUCACAACGGGAUGACCCAGCGAGGGAGGGGCCAGGGCGGGGGAGACGGGCUCUGCCCCCUGCUCGUGCCAGGCCAGGAGGGAGAGGAGAUGCCCCUCUGCUCGGCUCAGGACGGCUGGCCUCCGGGCACCCCCGCCGAACGGGGGUCAGCUUACCCCCGCCAGCCCGUUCCGUCAGCGUUAAAAAAAGCGCUGGGGGAAGGGAGACGGGCCACGGGGGAGGAGGGGGAGACGCCUGGCUCUCCCUCUGAGGGAGGCAUCUGGACUGUUUCGGGUACAGCCAGCGAGGGCUCUGCAGUCCAGAGUGGGCGGGAGGCUGGGGAUCAGGACGCCUCCCUUUCAGAAGUUAAACAGGAUGGAAGCUUCUCUGGCCAGGACCCCGUUUUUAAACCGGGGGAGUUUUUGGUCACGACUGAAGCCAGGACUGGAGCAGCUGCUGUUUCAGUCGACGAUACGGAGUCCGGACAAAGGAGUCCGCACUCCCAUAGAGAGACUGUGAGGGAUCAACAGCACAAAGUCCCACAGCACAGAGAUCUACAACAAAGGGAUCUUCAGCACAGAGAUCUACAACAAAUGAAUCUACAGCACCAGGAUCCACAGCACAGAGAUCUACAGUACAAAUAUUUACAGCACAGAGAUCUACAACAAAGGGAUCUACAGCACAGAGAUCUACAACAAAUGAAUCUACAGCACCAGGAUCCACAGCACAGAGAUCUACAGUACAAAUAUUUACAGCACAGUGAUCCACAGCAGCGAGAUUUACAGCACAGAGAUCCUCAACAAAGAGAUCUACUGCACCAGGAUCUAGAGCACAGAGAUCUACAGUACAAAUAUUUACAGCACAGAGAUCUACAACAAAGGGAUCUGCAGAACCAGGAUCUACAGCACAGAGAUCUGUACAUGAAUCCACAGCAUAGUGGUCCACAGUACAGAGAUCUACAGCACCAGGACCUACAGCACUAUAACUCACAGCACGGAGAUCUACAGUUCAGGGAUCUACAGUACAGAGAUCUACAACACCAGGAUUUACCGCACAGCGAUCCUCAGCACAGAGAUGCACAGCAGUCAAAUAUGGCCGAUCCCAAAGAAAUGUGGAGAGAGCUCCUGUUGGCUGAUGAGGUGGUGGAGAAACUUGUCACUCAGGGUCAUGAUGUCACCAGCACUCCCUCAGCCCACUCAGCUACAGGUGAGGAGACUCUCAGCCCAGUCUUGACUCCAAACCUCAGGACUCUAGACAAACACCUUCCUAAAGAUUCAGAGACAGGGAAUAACCCGCCAGCAUCUGAAUCUGCCACACCUCCGUCCCUGUCACCCACACCCUCUCCCCUGCCAAACAUGUCCUCCCCUUUGCCAACCACACCUUCCCCCCUGCCAGACACACCUCCCCCCCUGCGCGAGAGGAGAGAAGAAAUCAUGCACGCACAGAUGGAAAGAGAGCAUCCUUUCUUCACUGAUGCAACAUCUGCGCCGUCCACUGUCCAGGCGCUCCCACUGACGGACCCAUUUGGGACGCCUGACCACCCAAGCCCCAUUCCAAAUGCGGGACCCGUGGCAGAGAGGGACAUGUUGAACCCGACCCUGCAUGCCGACCACAUCUACACUGAGCCCCGCCCACACAGAGACCACACCCCCACGGAGCACCACCCACACAGAGACCACACCCAUGCUGAGAGCGCAGAGACAAACACACUGGCCACGACUCGGCGCGAUGACAUCACUGCCUCGGGGCCCCCGCCAAGCAGGAAUAAACCCAAGGGGCCCCCUCCGCCCGUCCCCAAGAAACCCAAAAACCCCUUCCUCCGUCCCGGGGGAGAACCCCACCUCCACACGCCCCCUCCUGUCCGAGACCCCUCAAAGCCCAAAGGGCCACCUCCGCCGGUCCCCAAGAAACCCAAGUUUUGCCCCUUCCUGCUGGGAUUGGAGCGGGGAGAGCCCCGCCCGCACCCCCUGAGCGAGCCGGACCUGGAGCUGCUCCCCGAGGAGUGGCUCCCGAGGGCCGAGCCGGAGCCCCCAUGCGGGGCGGAGGGAGAGAACGAGUGGGCCGACCCUCUGGACCAGGACCUCCUGGCCUACUUGGAGUCAGCAGAGCUACCACCCAGACCAGUCUCAGAGCUCAUAAGGGAGAGACUGCUACUGCAGGAGAGAAGCUGGUACCAGGCCCAUGACCAGAACCACGACCACAAUCACAACCACAACCAGGCCAGGCAGGGCCCGCACACAGUGCGCAGAAUGCUGGAGGACGGCCAGGCGGUGAAGGUGGCUCUGAUAAAAGAGACCUUCGACGUUCCCAGACGGACCCCUGAAAAUCUACCUGAGCCCACACCCAGGAAAAACAUGUUUCGGCGCGUGGUCAGGCAGAGCAAGUUCCGGCACGUGUUUGGCCAGGCGGUGAAGAACGACCAGUGCUAUGAUGACAUCAGAGUGUCCCGGGUCACGUGGGACAGCUCCUUCUGCGCCGUCAACCCCAAAUUCGUGGCCAUCAUCAUCGAGGCCAGCGGGGGAGGAGCCUUCCUCGUCCUGCCCCUGCAGAAGAUGGGUCGCAUUGAUAAAGCCUACCCCACCGUGUGCGGCCACACAGGGCCUGUGCUGGAUAUCGACUGGUGCCCACAUAACGACCAGGUCAUCGCCAGCGGUUCAGAGGACUGCACGGUCAUGGUGUGGCAGAUUCCGGAAAACGGGCUGGUCAGCCCCCUGUCCGAGCCGGCAGUAGUGUUAGAGGGACACUCCAAGAGAGUAGGCAUCGUCACGUGGCACCCCACGGCCCGAAAUGUGCUCCUGAGCGCCGGCUGUGAUAACAUGAUCAUUGUCUGGAACGUGGGGACGGGCGAGGCUGUGAUCCAGCUGGAGGAUCUGCACCCUGACCUGAUCUACAGCGCCUGCUGGAACCGCAACGGCAGCCUCAUCUGCACCGCCUGCAAGGACAAGAGAGUGCGCGUCAUCGACCCGCGCAAGGAGAGGGUCAUCGCAGAGAAGGAUAAGGCUCAUGAGGGGGCGAGGCCGAUGAGAGCCAUCUUCCUGGCUGAUGGAAACAUCUUCACCACCGGCUUCAGCCGCAUGAGUGAGCGUCAGCUGGCUCUCUGGGACCCUAAAAACAUUGAGGAGCCAAUUUCAGUCCAUGAGAUGGACACUAGCAAUGGAGUCCUGCUCCCAUUCUACGACCCCGACACCAGCAUAGUGUACCUGUGCGGGAAGGGUGACAGCAGCAUCCGGUACUUUGAGAUCACGGACGAGGCGCCGUUUGUGCAUUAUCUGAACACCUUCAGCACCAAGGAGCCGCAGAGGGGUGUGGGAUACAUGCCCAAAAGGGGACUGGACGUCAACAAGUGUGAGAUCGCCAGGUUUUACAAACUUCACGAGAGAAAAUGUGAACCAAUCAUCAUGACCGUGCCCCGGAAGUCAGACCUGUUCCAGGACGACCUGUACCCGGACACGGCGGGGCCAGACUGGGCGCUGGAGGCGGAGGACUGGUUCCAGGGGCGCAACGGGGACCCCAUCCUCAUCUCCCUCAAGCACGGCUACGUCCCGGGCAAGAACCGAGACCUCAAGGUGGUCAAGAAGAACGUUCUGGAGAGCAAGGCCGCCAAAACAGAGAACUCGGCCCCCGCCCACAAGCAGGCGUCCCCCACCCCGUCUAUACAACGCGAGGCACGGUUGGAGGACAUUGUGAAGGAGCUACGGACGGUAAGGGAGAUGGUGAGCAGCCAGGAACGGAGGAUCACCAAACUAGAGGAACAAAUGGCCAAGCUCUCCAUCUGAAGCCCCGCCCCCCCACGCUCACACUCUCACAUACACACACACCGUUCAGGACAAUCCAUUGGCUGGGAGAGGCUUGGGUGGGUGGGGCCAGUCACUGCCAAGCUUGACGACAGCAUUCCGCCUGGAGCCCGCCUAACAACGAUCCCUAGCAACAUUCCAAGAAGAUUGAGUUCUGUCCCCUCCGAAGAUACGAAGAUGCACACACACACACACACACACACACACACACAGAAAAUCACAGUGAAAAGAGUGAAAAGACAAUUUAGUCCAGCUUUUUAUUAAAAACAAGCUCAUUUUAAUAACUGGUGAUUUUUUUGUUAUUGUUUAACUUGUUUUUUAAAUUGUGACCAUGAAGGUGCUGUUGUGAGGAGUUAGUGUUUACGGCGCUGUACCCGGCUCUAUUCUUCACUUCCUGUUGCCAAAUUUGAGUGGAGUUUUGUUUACACUUUCUCCUUUACAGUAUUACUUCCUGUUUGAAUUUUGUUUUCUCUUUUUGAGGUGUCGUUUGUAGACGAAUGCCGCAGGGGCCGCCGCGUAAAGGAGGCUAACGCUUUCACCUGUCGAUCAAUCAAUUAAUCAGUCAAACAAUCAGCCAAUCAAACUGUGAAACCGGUCGAGGGCAAAUUCCCUCUGGCUCAGUGAAGCCUGUACUCUGGGAGGAAAGAUGUGCUCUCAGGUGCUCUGCUAGCAGUGUUCAGCCAACCUGCCAUUUCAUUGGCUCGUGGCCUCAUUCAUAAAAACGUUCUUGUAUUUAAACUUAAACGUAAUCUUAAGAUCGCUUCCCGAGUUACGCUUACUUUUGAUUUAUAAGAAAUGACUAAGACUGAAAAGUCGGUUCAUGGUAGCUCGUCUGCGUUUUGCGCACCUGUGAUGUAUGAAUCUCGAACGAACUUCAGUUUGAACGAGACCGCGCUUUAGCCUCGCGAAUGCUCUAAAGGAUCCGGUAAGGUUCCGUUUGAACGUUUCUUGCACUCCUCAUGCCUAAAAUGUAAUUCCUAAAGCGCGCGCACAGCCAAAUUCGGGGAUUGGCGUGCGGCCCUCAAACGUGCAGUACCUCCACAUGACCACCAGGUGAUUAACUUACGUCUGGUGUAAACUUUACGUGGAGAUACAAUCAUAUCCACGUCAAAGUGGGAAAUAACUGCUUGGUUUUCUGCUCAAGCCACUAUGUAAUACACAAAUUGACCGUAAGACCGUUUUAUAAAUGAGGCCCAAAUGUAUUAAAAGUGGGGUACCGGAGUGUGUGGUGAGUCUCAUUAAAUGUGGGGUAUAGGGGUGAGGGGUGAGUCUUGUUCAAAGUGGGGCGGAGAAGUGCAUGGUAAGUCUAAUUAAAAGUGGGGUACAGGGGUUGGGGGUGAGUCUCGGCUACAGUACUUCCAGCUGUAGGUGUCUCCCAGAUCCAGACAUCUGUCUGAAACUGAUCUGAGAACAGUUUUGUGACAUAUUGCUCCUGUGACCUGUCUCUAUGCCUGCCAGACGUCCGAGCCCGUCGCCAAAACGUGUGCACACGUGUGCUCGUGCGAGAGGGAUUUGAAUCAUGUAGUUUCUUCUGCACAGUAAAUAAAUAUAAUGUUCCACAAAA